AACCCUAGGAAAUAGACACUCCUGAGAAAUCAGAACUACCCCGGAAAGGGAGGGGCCUCGAGCUCUGUCCCAGCACCUAAAACCACGCUGCUCAGGGCUCUGCUUCAGGAAGCUUCCAGCUUCAUCCCUUGAGACCACACCUGCUCCCCAAAGCCAGAGAUGAUCAAGGAGGAACACGAGGUGGCCGUGCUGGGAGUGCCCCAGGGCCCAGGACCCGUGGUGUCCACCCUGGUCAACAUCCAGACAGAGCCCGCUGUGCACGACCACAUCACCUGGUCCCUGCUCAGCUCCAUCUACUUCAACUUCUGCUGCCUGGGCUUGGCGGCGUACUACCAGUCCAUAAAGUCCAGGGACCGGAAGAUGGUGGGCGACAUGACGGGUGCCCAGAGCUACGCGUCCACCGCCAAGUGCCUGAACGUCUGUGCCCUGAUAUUGAGCGUCAUUCUGUUCAUUUUUCAUUGUAAUUCACACGAGGAUCUUGGUGCGGAGAAGAUGCUGGGGGCGGCUCCCAGGACUCGGGGCUGUGGGCUGAGCCGUGGGGAGCCCAACGGACGGCACUCGGCCCCUUCGGACGGGCCUGCACUGCGCCUGCGUGAAGCCGCAGGCGCCGCGCAAUUUUCCCAAAGCUCCGGAGCGCGGCUGGUCUGCGGGCCGCCCCAGAAGUGUCCGGCCUAG